UCGGGAGCAAAAGUCUUUCUUAUUUCCAGGAUUCUUCAAAUGGGGCAGCCUUUAUUUUAUUUUCGUUCUAUUCUAGGUUGAUUGACAUAAUCAAUGGACUUAAGAAAGGAUACGUUAUCUGGCAAGAAGUUAUCGAUAACGGCGUUAAGGUAAAGCAAGACACCAUAGUAAAUGUAUGGAAAGGAGGCUGGCAAAACGAGAUGGCCAAAGUUACAGCACAGGGUUACAGAGCGAUCUUGUCGUCCUGCUGGUAUCUGAACUAUAUUUCAUACGGUCCUGACUGGCCAAAUUAUUAUAAAUGUGACCCUCAAGAUUUCACUGGUACAAAGGAGCAGAAGGAUCUUGUCAUUGGUGGAACCGGUUGUAUGUGGGGUGAAUGGGUGGAUGGAACAAACUUGCUGUCAAGAACAUGGGGCAGAGCUCUAGCAGUGGGUGAAAGAUUGUGGAGUAGCAAAGAGACAAAUGAUGCCAAAGAGGCAGAAGGCAGAAUUUGGGAGCAUCGAUGCAGAUACCUCAGGAGAGGAAUCCAAGCCGAAAACGUGGUGCAGAGUCAAUACUGCCUUCAUGAAUGGAGAAACCCACGUGGGUGAAACAACCCUGGUUCUGGCGUCGAUAUCUGGCAAUUUAUGAUCCUGUACUGAAUACUUAAUGAUGUCUUCUGUUCUAUUCCAGUCUAUAAACUGAUAUUGCCUUUAUGCUAACCAAAAUAUUUAACGUUGUGCAAUUGAUUGGCUUUGAAAAGAUGUAUGUUGCGAGGGAUGGACUUGACAACGUCCCCAGUAUCCCUUAGUAGCAAAUAUGAAAUGGUGUAAUUUUUAAUUUAAUUUUUGAUACUCGUUGCUUUACGGCAUCUUGAUGUAAAUUUUUAUCUCCUAUAACUAAAAGCGUGUUGAACUCUUUACUUUUUGUAUUCUAGUUGCCUCUUCUUAAAGACGGCAACUCUACUUUUCAUUUCCUUGUGAGUAUUGCUUGCAAAA